AUGGCGCAGCGGAUAUUUCGUGUCGGCGGUGGCCUUCCACCCAUCGCACAGUUCGACUGUCACACGGCGAAGACUGCCAGGCUACAAUAUAAUGGUUACCGCACUCUCUCCUGCAUAGAUCACCGUGCCUCGUCGCCUCCGCCUCAAACUCAGCAGCUCCUGGUUUCCGGGCUGACGCUUGCGGCCAAGUCCACCUCGUCAUCUAAUCUCGAUCGCACCGAACUUCGCAUUCCGCUCCACGACUCCGCAGGCUCUGCCAGUACCGAUAAUGGAACAAUCCGUCGCAACUUGAACUGCGAGGAACUGCUGAAUUCGUGCCGGCGAGUAUGGUGGCGUCACGUGACUCGACCCCCGACGAGCCAUCGAGCUGAAGGAAUGACCUACAAGUGGAAUCACGAGAAAAGCCGAGACGGCAUUGUUUUCGUGGGCUCAGAGCGACUGGCUGGUGGUGAAUGCUGACAGGAUGAUACUAAAACCAAUCCGAUACGGUACAGCAGGAGGCACUGUCGAGUACGCGAUCACAUUAUCCCCUACUCCAGAACUAACACCACUAUGUCGACUGCUGGAUGAUGAUGGGCUCUGCGAGGGACUACACAAGACUCGUCAAUCGACAUCAACUGUGCAUAUAUCUCGCCGAGUUCAGCCUCGGACAUCAGACAGCAUCUACGAGGAUGGCUGCCUGGAGCAUUGCACCACCCAGGGGCCUCACUACGAUCCGUCGAACCACGAUCGAGGCUCCAGUGUACAGAGCAGAUGAACCAAACUAGCAUCUGAUGGCAAGUGGCAGUAUACGACUGGCAGAUGCUGGACACGAGACACAACGCUGUGGAAUUGGCGAACGAAGUGUAAAGGCC